CUAAGAUUGUAAGUCAGACAAAACUAUCAAACUUUUUCCGCAGUCUUUCUUUCACUUCCAGACAACCUGUUUUGAAACUUUGGCUGCUCUUAUCGCUGACACAAUGUCUUCUCAGUUCAACAGAGGUCCAGCAUACGGGUUUUCAGCGGAAGUGAAAAGCAAGAUUGCACAGAAGUAUGACCCUCAGAAAGAGGAAGAAUUACGGAUUUGGAUUGAGGGCAUCACCGGACGCUCAAUUGGAGACGACUUUCAGAAAGGGUUAAAAAAUGGUGUCAUACUCUGCGAGCUCAUAAACAAACUUCAGCCAGGUUCUAUUAAAAAGAUCAGCCAGUCAUCGCAAAACUGGCAUCAGCUGGAGAACCUGACCAACUUCAUUAAAGCGAUCACCACCUACGGACUCAAACCACACGAUAUAUUUGAAGCCAAUGAUCUGUUUGAGAAUGGAAAUAUGACACAGGUUCAGACCACGCUCCUGGCUCUUGCUGGCAUGGCUAAAACCAAGGGCAUCCACUCUAGUGUAGACAUUGGAGUGAAAUAUGCAGAGAGACAGGAGAGGGCAUUUGAUGAAGAGAAAAUGAAAGCCGGGCAAUGUGUCAUUGGAUUACAGAUGGGAACAAAUAAAUGUGCAAGUCAAGCUGGAAUGAAUGCUUAUGGCACCAGAAGACACCUGUACGAUGCCAAGGCACACAUUCUGCCACCAAUGGACCAUUCAACCAUCAGUCUUCAGAUGGGAACCAACAAGGGUGCUAGCCAGGCUGGUAUGACCGCUCCAGGGACCCGCCGUGCCAUCUACGACCAGAAACUAGGCACAGAUAAGUGUGACAACUCCACAAUGUCUCUUCAGAUGGGCUACACUCAAGGUGCCAACCAGAGCGGGCAGAAUUUCGGGCUUGGCCGUCAGAUCUAUGAUGCCAAAUAUUGCCCCCAAGGUGCACCCAGUGCAGGUGAAGAAGCUGAGACUGGCUACACGGAUUACCAAGACGAGGGAUACCAGGGUUAUCAGGAUGAUGGUCAAGAUUACUGAGUCAACCAGUCGCAGGUUAGGAGUCUGAAUGAGAAGCUAAAGGAAAGCUGAUACUUCCUUGCCAACAGAAGACCCAAAACAUUCCAUUAUACCACAGUAAUGUGCCAUCUGUCGGAUGAAAGUGACCAACAUGAAAAUAUCACUUAGUUUUAACUAUCGAGUUAUUUUCAUAAACAUUUUUAAUUUGAAGCGAGAGCCCUGUAAAACAUAUCAGUUAAUUAUGUGUAUUGAUACUUGUAUUUUUUUAUAGUCUUUUAAUUGCACAACCACUAUAAUAAUAUUUAGUAUUUGCUUAAUUGUUUAAUGUAGGUUUUACUUUAUUUUUUAAUUCAGUGAAAAUGCUGAUUUCUACUUUGAUGUUAAACACAAGUUUGACGGGGGUUAUUGUAAAGUUAUUCACAUAAUCCCAAAUAAUGAUUUGUAUUUUCUUUUUUUCUAAUCAACCUGUUGUGAAGAAAUUCAAUAUUAAGUAUGUAUGAGAAACCGCGUUACGUGAGCCUGAUUCAUUAUUUGAAUAUAGAACAUGCUCAGGGGUUUAAAAUCACUUUUUCUUGUCAGUUGAGCAUGUGAAGGUGAAUUUUUGCUGUUACAGUUAAAAUGCAAAGUUACAAUUGUGAGGGUUUAGAUAAGGUGAACCUUCACUGCAAUUACGUGGUCCAUUUGCAUUAAUUUAAGAGCUGUUCCCCAGUAAUAUUUUGUUAGUGUAUUUUUAGGCUUGUAAAUGAGAGCACAUGCAUAAAAAGGAAGGUACAUCUGUCAUUUCAGCAGGAUUUUUUUUUUAUGUUUUAUAUGUAUUUUUGUUUUAUAAUACACUUUAUUUCUCAUGCAAUCUGUAAUGUGUUUUAAAGGGUUAAUCUUUUUAUUAGUGUUUCAUAUUCUCAUCAAAUAUUUUACCAUUUGCAGAGCCAGAACAACUGGAGCUUGUCUUUGUUUUCUUUGGAUUAUAGUAUUGUGAAAGGAAAUUGAAGUAUAACAUUGUGCGCCUUGAACAUUCCAAAUUAGGAACUAAAUUCCCUACUUUUUUUCCACAGUAUUUGUUCUCAUUCCAAAUGACCCUUUGUACUAAACAGUGGAAUUCUUAGGUCUGCUCAGAUAAAUCACAUAAAUGAAUAUCUGUGUAUGCUUUACAAUUUUUUUUUUCUUUUUUUUUUUUUUUCUUUUUUUUUAUUGGAAUUAGAUUGAUGAAGUAAUGAGCAGGUUCAUAAUAAAAGAUGAUGAACAA